GCCUCACCUGCGGCAGGUGCGCGGCUCGGCGGGGCCGCCCCGGCGCGGCCCAGUGCGGCGGCGGCCGUGAGGAGAAGCGAGGCGAGGCGAGGCGAGGCGAAGCGGGGGUGCCCCGGCCCGGGCAGGAUGAAUAACCCCAUACCUUCCAACCUGAAGUCAGAAGCUAAAAAGGCAGCUAAAAUAUUACGGGAAUUUACAGAAAUAACUUCCAGAAAUGGACCUGAUAAAAUCAUACCUCCUCAUGUAAUAGCUAAAGCCAAAGGCCUUGCAGUUUUGUCCGUUAUAAAAGCUGGAUUUUUGGUGACCGCUCGAGGCGGAAGUGGAAUUGUAUUAGCUCGUCUUCCUAAUGGAACCUGGUCUGCUCCUUCUGCAAUAGGAAUUGCUGGCGUUGGUGGUGGAUUUGAAAUUGGAAUUGAGGUUUCAGACUUAGUGAUAAUAUUGAAUCAUGAAAGAGCAGUAGAAGCUUUUGCCAAAGGAGGGAAUCUUACACUUGGAGGAAAUCUUACUGUGGCAAUUGGACCUCUGGGGAGAAACUUAGAAGGGGAUGUUGCCCUGAGAAGCUCUGCUGCUGUCUAUACAUACUGCAAAUCUCGAGGACUGUUUGCAGGUGUAUCUCUGGAAGGAACCUGUUUAAUUGAAAGGAAAGAAACAAAUCGCAAGUUUUAUGGGCAGGAUAUUCGUGCUAGUGCCAUCUUGCUUGGUGAUGUGCCUUUUCCUGCUCAAGCAGAAGAUCUUUAUGAAACUCUAGCAUCUUUCACUGAAGUAUAUGAAAACGAAGAGCAAAAAAAUAAUCCAGGAAAAGCUGUAAGAGAACAAAGAAGGGUAAAUGACCCGCCUGCUAGACCAUCAUCGAGACCAGAGCCACCUAAACCCACUGUUAGACCAACACCACCAGCUAAAAAGAAUACAAACAAACUUUAUCCUGAACUUCCAAAUGAUUAUGCCUCUGUGGGUAACUCUUGGAGUAAUCCAGUAGAAGUGACAGCACUUUAUUCAUUCGAAGGACAACAGCCAGGUGACUUGACUUUUAAAGCUGGAGACAAAAUCACAGUCACAACCAAAACAGAUUCCCAGUUUGACUGGUGGGAAGGAAGAAUAGGAGGACAAACUGGCAUCUUUCCGGCCAAUUAUGUUGCCAUAAGUAACAACUAAAUUUGUAUAGGAGAAAAUGUUGAAGCAGUAAUAUAUUUACACUGAAAAAUAUAUUUUAACUUUUCACAUUUUAGUAAAAUGAGAUUCUUGAUCAAGACUAUUCUAACACAAAAUUGAAAUACAUUAAAUUAACUUUCCCCUAAACUUAUUUCUUAAAUAAACAGUAGGCAAUGAAGUAUUAUUUUUGAGCAGUUUGCAACAUAAAAAGUACUCCAGUUUGUGUCUAGUUUCAGUUCUGUCUUGCUAUAUGGAUUUAUUUUUUACAUGAGGGAAAAAUUACAAUUUAAAAGUAAGCAUGCUGAAAAAAUACUGAUUUCUAUUAAAUUAUAAUUUAUGGUCUCUUUCUAUAAUAAAUGCUCUCAAAUUUGCUUCAAACCA